CCCCUAGCUACUGAUGGUACAGUCCGGGGAGCUUCCUGCUUACUUCCUACUGCUGCACGCUGCUUGCCAGGAGCAGGAUUUACAGAGGCUACAAGCAUGGCGUCUAGUGCUAAGAGGAGGGCUCUGCCCCAGGACCAGCACAUGGACAAGAAGGAUGAGGAGGAUGAUGAUGAUGAGGAAGAAGAUGAGAUGGGGGAUUCAGAUGACAUAGAGGAUGAUGAGUCUGAGCAGGAUGAGGCGGUGAAUGAGGAAGUAAAAGUGGACUUUGAAGCCCACACGAUGUCUGCUGGGGACCAUGAUGGUAUCCAGAAACUACUGAAGCAGUUGUUCCUGAAGGCCCACGUGAAUAUCUCUGAACUGGCAGAUCUACUGAUUCAGCAGAACCACAUUGGAAGCGUUAUUAAGCAAGCUGAAGGUGAGGAGGAUGAUGAAGAUGAUGACGACGACAAUGAAAGUCACGUGUUUGGCUUCAUCAGCCUCUUGAACUUAACAGAAAGGAAGGGGACGGUGUGCGCUGAGCAAAUAAAAGAGCUCGUCCUGAGCCAGUGCGAGAAGAGCUGCGAUCAGAGCACCGUGGAACAGUUAGAUAAAGUCUUUAAUGACAACAGCAAGGCCGUAGGUCUCCUACUAGGCGAGAGAUUCAUUAAUGUCCCUGCACAGAUCGCGCUGCCCAUGCACCAGCAGCUCCAGAAAGAGUUGGCAGAAGCCCAGCGCACCAAUAAGCCCUGCGGAAAGUGCUAUUACUAUCUCAUUGUAAGUAAAACUUAUAUGGAAGCUGCACAGAAAUCCCAAGGGGGAGGAACGCAGGGGAAAGAGGAGAUGAUGUUUGCGAAUGCAGAAGAAGAGUUUUUCUACGAGCAAGCAAUCCUGAAAUUCAACUAUUCUGUGCAGGAGGAGCGUGACAUGCAGUUAGGGGGUAAGUGGUCUUUUGAUGACACUCCCAUGAAGCCCCUGAGAACAGUCAUGUUGGUCCCGGCAGGCCGAAUGAAUUCCAUCAUUGAAAAGUUCAAAGAAUACCUGUCCGUGUGAACGACGCGUGGCGGUUAUACAGCUGAACUGCUGGCGUGACAGCGGAGGCCGGAGCCCUACCACUGGCUUCUAUUCUGCCGCUUCAUUUGUGACUUUUCAGAAAUCCAGGACGAGGAACAUUUCAAAAUAAAUCCAGGACGAGGAAGACUUCAAAAUCUACAGUAACUUCCAGCGCUGGAGUAAUAUAAACAGGAUUUAUAUUUUUUAUUAUUUUUACUAAGACAGAAUUGAGAGAGGGCAAAAAUAUAUAUAUACACAUACAAAAUACAGCAAUCCUGAGUCUGUAACAUUGGUUGUCACAUUCACAGUUCAUUAAAUUCUCCUGUGUGUUCGGAACACA